AUGGCUUCCAAGAAGUGCGGUGCGGCCAUUGGCCUGGCAGGUGCGGCUGCAAGCACGGCGUUUAUUGCUGGCACAGGCUCCAGCAAGUCCAGCUCCUUGCGGGGCGUUAAGACUCACCAGGCAGCGCCCUCCGCGCCUUCCGCGCCCUCCGCGUCCACUGCCUCCUAUGCGGCGGCUUCCGUGCUAGCUGCCAGCGUGGGCGCCGUGAUGGCCCGCCGCCCCGUGAGCAGCUUCAGCCAGACCACCGUCACCGCACUGAAGGCAUUCGAGCAGGAGUUGGGCGUGCAGCCUCCCGUGGGCUACUGGGACCCGGCUGGCCUAGCCCGGGACGGCGACGUGGAGGCCUUCCAGCGUCGUCGCUCCGUCGAGCUGAAGCACGGGAGGAUUGCCAUGCUGGCCACCAUGGGCUACAUCACCCCCGAGAUCGCGGGCAAGUUCCCGGGCUACCUGAGCCCCAGCGCCGGGCUGAAGUUCGCGGACGUGCCUAACGGCCUGGCGGCCAUCUCCAAGGUGCCUGCGGGUGGCUGGACUCAGAUUUUGCUCUACAUGGGCUGGUGCGAGGUGAGCCGUGGCCCAGGCUCCGACAUUGCCAGCGGACGCCCAGGUGACUUCGGCUGGUAUGUGCUGAGCUCCGCCGAUCCUGAGACCAAGAAGAAGAAGCUCUCCGCCGAGCUUGCCAACGGGCGCCUGGCCAUGAUGGCCAUCAUCGGCAUGUUCUACCAAGACGGCUUGACAGGCUCCGCUUGGGGCGACUGGUCCAACUUCACCGACAGCCCAUUGAGGGCCUUUGAGAACGAGACAGGUGUUCAGCCUCCCGUGGGCUUCUGGGACCCUUUGGGGCUUUCCGUCUCUGGCAACCAGUCGGACUACAAGCGCCGACGCGAAGUGGAGCUGAAGCACGGUAGGGUGGCCAUGUUCGCCACCAUUGGCUACAUCCUCCCGGAGUACUGGCGCUUCCCCGGAUAUUUGUCCAAGUUCCUGGACUCUCGGCGCGUGCCGGGCACCGGAGGGCCGGGCGGGCCGUCGGACGAGGACAUCAAGUUUGCAGAUGUGCCCAACGGCCUCGCGGCCUUCUCCAAGGUGCCCGCCCUGGGAUGGCUGCAGAUCGUCGGCUUCGCCGGCAUCGUGGAGCUCAACGUCUACAACGAGGAGGUGAACAACGAGCCCGGCAACUAUGGUGCUGGCUUCUUGGGUUUGAGGUCCGUCGGCUUCAUGAACUCCGGCAUCACCGACCCCGAGAUCCGCAAGAAGAAGCUCAAUGCCGAGUUGGCCAACGGCCGAUUGGCAAUGAUGGCCAUCAUUGGAAUGUUCUUCCAGGAUGGCUUGACUGGCUCCGCGUGGGGCGACUGGGCCAACUACACCGACAGUCCGCUGAGGGCCUUCGAGAGCGAGCUGGGCGCGCCUCUUGGCUUCUGGGACCCCCUGGGACUUGCCAAGGACAAGGAUGUGGAGGUGUUCAAGAGGCGCCGUGAGACUGAGAUCAAGCACGGCCGUGUGGCUAUGUUCGCCACCAUGGGCUACAUUGUGCCGGAGUACUACAAGUUCGAUGGCUACCUGUCCCCAUCCAUGGACCUGAAAUUCGCCGAUGUGCCAAACGGCUUGAAGGCACUCUCCGUGGUGCCCAAGGAGGGCUGGGCUCAGAUGCUUGCCUUCGCCGGCUUCCUUGAGUUGGUUGUGAACAAGAAGUCAUCUGAGCCAGGCAACUACGGCAAGGGCAACUUUGGCCUCGGCAACGUUGGAUUUGGCAAUUCCAUCCAGGAUCCUACACAAACUGCCAGGAACAGGCAGCUCAGUGCUGAACUCGCCAACGGACGGUUGGCGAUGAUGGCCAUCAUUGGCAUGUUCUUCCAGGACGGCCUGACUGGCUCCGCCUGGGGUGACUGGGCAGCCUACACAGACUCGAUGGCUUCCAAGAAGUGUGCUUUGGGUGUUGGCUUGGCAGGUGCGGUCGCUGGGAGUGCUUUCCUGGCGCCCACAGGAAGCCAAACGAAGGGCGCCAACUUGCGCUCCAGGACGGCACAGGCCACUGCGCAACAGGCACAGGCCUCCAGUGCCGCUCCCAGCUAUGCUGCUGCCUCUGUGGUGGCUGCCUCCGCGGGUGUCUUCAUGGCACGACGGCCGGGACACUUGAGCCCCACCACCAUCACCGCCCUCAAGGCCUUCGAGCAGGAGCUGGGCGUGCAGCCUCCUGUGGGCUACUGGGACCCUGCUGGCUUGGCCAGGGAUGGUGACGUGGAGGCCUUCCAGCGCCGCCGCUCCGUGGAGCUGAAGCACGGAAGGAUUGCUAUGCUGGCGACCAUGGGCUACAUCACCCCCGAAAUCGCGGGCAAGUUCCCGGGCUACCUGAGCCCCAGCGCCGGACUGAAGUUCGCCGACGUGCCCAACGGCCUGGCUGCCAUCUCCAAGGUGCCUGCGGGUGGCUGGACUCAGAUUUUGCUCUACAUGGGCUGGUGCGAGGUGAGCCGUGGCCCAGGCUCCGACAUUGCCAGCGGACGCCCAGGCGACUUUGGAUGGUAUGUCUUGAGCUCCCCUGACCCUGAGACCAAGAAGAAAAAGCUUUCGGCGGAGCUGGCCAACGGCCGUUUGGCCAUGAUGGCCAUCAUCGGCAUGUUCUACCAAGAUGGCCUCACAGGCUCCGCCUGGGGUGACUGGUCCAACUUCACCGACAGCCCAUUGAGGGCCUUUGAGAACGAGACAGGCGUGCAGCCUCCUGUGGGCUACUGGGACCCCUUGGGCUUGGCCGUCAGCGGAAACCAGUCGGACUACAAGCGACGACGCGAAGUCGAGCUGAAGCACGGCCGUGUGGCCAUGUUCGCCACCAUCGGCUACAUCUUGCCAGAGUAUUGGCGCUUCCCAGGAUAUCUGUCCAAGUUCCUGGACAUCAAGUUCUCCGAUGUGCCCAAUGGCCUUGCAGCCUUCUCCAAGGUUCCGGCGCUCGGAUGGCUGCAAAUUGUGGGCUUCGCGGGCAUUGUGGAGCUCAACGUCUACAAUGAGCAAGUGAACGAUGAGCCUGGAAACUAUGGCUCUGGCUUUUUGGGCCUCAGGUCUGUGGGUGUCAUGAACUCCGCGAUCUCUGAUCCAGAGAUCAGGAAGAAGAAGUUGAACGCCGAGCUGGCCAACGGCCGUCUGGCCAUGAUGGCGAUUAUUGGCUACAUUGUGCCGGAGUACUACAAGUUUGACGGAUACCUGUCCCCAUCCCUGAACCUGAAGUUCACUGAUGUGCCAAAUGGCUUGAAGGCACUCUCCGUUGUGCCCAAGGAGGGCUGGGCUCAGAUGUUGGCCUUCGCUGGCUUCCUGGAGUUGGUUGUGAACAAGAAGUCGUCUGAGCCAGGCAACUACGGCAAGGGCAACUUUGGCCUGGGAAACGUUGGAUUUGGCAACUCCAUCCAGGAUCCUGCCAAGAGGAACAGGCAGCUCAGCGCCGAACUUGCAAACGGACGUUUGGCAAUGAUGGCCAUCAUUGGCAUGUUCUUCCAGGACGGCUUGACGGGCUCAGCCUGGGGUGAUUGGUCGAACUACACCGACAGCCCUUUGAGGGCCUUCGAGACAGAGUUGGGCGUUCAGAAGCCCGUGGGCUUCUGGGACCCCUUGGGCUUUACCAAAGGCGGUGAUGCGGAGAGCUUCCGCCGCCGUCGCUACGUGGAGCUGAAGCACGGACGCGUCGCCAUGUUCGCCUGCAUGGGCUAUAUCGUCCCGGAGUUCUACCGCUGGCCCGGUGAUUUGUCUCCUUCCUUGGGCUUGAAGUUCAGCGAUGUCCCCAACGGCUUCGCGGCGUUCUCCAAGGUUCCUUUGUCCGGCUGGGCACAGAUGGUGGCCUUUGCAGGCACUGUCGAGCUCUUUCAGUACACGGAUGAUCCCAAGCGCGCCCCUGGAGACUUCGAGAACGCAGGCUUCUUGGGUAUUCCCAACAGCUUCGUGAAGAUCUCCGACCCCGAGGUGAAGCAGACGAAGUUGGCCGCCGAGAUCGCCAACGGCCGUUUGGCCAUGAUGGCCAUCAUCGGCAUGUUCUUCCAGAACGGCCUGACAGGAGAGGCCUGGGGCGACUGGUCCCUUUACACAGACUCCCCUCUGAGGGCCUUCGAGGGUGAGCUGGGCGUGCAGGCGCCCGUGGGCUUCUGGGACCCUUUGGGCCUGUCAGCGGAUGGCGAUGUGGAGACCUUCAAGAGGCGUCGUGCCGCGGAGUUGAAGCACGGGCGAAUUUGCAUGUUGGCCUGCGUUGGCUACAUCGUGCCGGAGUAUUUCAGAUGGCCUGGCUACCUCUCCCCUGAGAAGGGCCUCAAGUUUGCGGACAUGCCCCACGGCAUCGCGGCGAUCAGCAAGGUCCCACUGGAAGGCUGGGUGCAGAUCGUGCUCUUCUUGGGCCACUACGAGGGCUACUUCUGGCGCCAGGACCCCAAGAGGGCCCCUGGCGACUACGAGGGCUACGGCUUCCUUGGUGCUGGCAAGAACUUCAUUUUCAACUUCGACCCCAUUGAGUUCCAGGACCCCCAGGUGAAGAAGACCAAGUUGGCUGCCGAACUCGCCAAUGGCCGCCUUGCCAUGGUGGCGCUGAUGGCGAUGCUGUUCCAGAACGGCACCGUGGGCACCACUGGCCCUGCCAUGUGGCUCCCCGCGGCGUAG